AUGGACAAUGGAGAAGUAUGCGCACGGUUCUUAGAAAGCGGCGUUACUUUUCUGUGCUUCAGAGAAAGCAGUUACGAGCUGCAGUUUACUUGGCAGAGCUCCUUCGUCCUCAGCGACACCUUACGUAGUGGUAUCAGUGACUAUGUCGUAGAAUGAUGUGUACUGUAGCGAACUGCUGUUCUUAUUGCUCACUAAAAGUGGCCCAGAUUGAA